UGAGAGCUUCAGUAGGCAAAAUGUUGUCGAGACAGUUGUGUGGGCCCCAAAAGCUAUGUGUUCGAUUUCUUCAAACUGAGAGGGCGUUUGCUACAAAGCAAGGCGCAGCAGCUGUUGUAGAUGCCACGCCUUUGGACCAAGCAAAGCCCUUCUCGGAGCUACCCGGUCCCAAUAAAAUCAGCUUUUUUUGUUCUUUUCUGCCAGGCGGUCGCUAUAGGAAUGUUCCGGUGAAUGAUAUGUUUUUGGAUAUGAAGAAACGGUAUGGAAACAUUUUUCGCAUGCCAGGUCUCGCUGGCGCUGAUCUUGUCGUUACUAUGAAUCCUGUUGAUUAUGAGACGGUCUUCCGCAACGAAGGACAGUUUCCCUAUCGGCUUGGUUUCGAAACAUUUGAGUAUUUCAAGAAGGUCCACAGACGCGAUUUAUUUGAGGGUGUCGAUGGUCUUACUUCAGGCAACGGACCUGCUUGGGGCAAGUUGAGAAAAGCUGUAAAUCCGAUUCUGUUGCAGCCGCGUAAUGCCAAGUUGUAUAUAAACAAUCUGCUGAGGGUCAAUGAUGAGUUUCUGGAACGCAUACGAGCGAUAAAAAAUCCAGAAACUCAAGAGAUGCCUGGUGACUUUGGCGAAGAUAUUCGCCGUUUAAUCCUAGAGUCCAUUGCUUCCGUGGCGCUUAACACGCGUCUCGGAUUGUUGAGUGAGAACCGGGAGAGUGAGGAGGCGAAACAAUUGAUCAUUGCAUUGGAAAACAUUCUUGAUCUGAGCUUUCAGCUAAACUUGAUGCCACCGAUUUGGAAGUAUCUACCAAUGCCCAAGUUUAAGAAGCUCAUAGGAUCCCUCGAUACUAUUGUAGAUAUUUGUUAUAAACACAUACAAGAGGCGCUGCAGCGCAUCGAACAGGAUGCCAGGGCUGGACGUCUUACCACUGAGCCAGGUCAAGAAACAAGUAUAUUGGAGAAGCUGGCCCGUUUCGAUCGCAAGGCAGCGGUGAUUAUUGCCAUGGAUCUGUUCUUUGCCGGCGUGGAACCUACCCUUGUCAGUUUGACCGGCAUUCUCCUUUGCCUGGCUAAAAAUCCUGCACAACAGGCACGUUUGCUGGACGAGAUAAAGGGUGUGCUGCCCGAUAAGAACUCAUCAUUGACCAUGGACAAUAUGUCACAUUUGCCCUAUCUGCGUGCCUGUAUCAAGGAGGGCAUCCGUAUGUAUCCUAUUGGCCCCGGUACCGUGCGCCGCAUGCCCUGCGAUGUGGUCUUGAGUGGCUAUCGUGUCGUAGCCGGUACGGAUGUAGCCAAUGCUGCCAACUUCCAGAUGGCCAAUAUGGAGCAGUUUGUACCGCGAGUCCGCGAUUUCCUACCCGAGCGGUGGCUACGUGAUGAGUCCCACUCGAACCUUGUGGGUGAUACGGCCACACCCUUCAUGUAUCUACCCUUUGGCUUUGGACCGCGCGCCUGCGCUGGCAAGCGCAUUGUCGACAUGAUUCUGGAGAUUGCCGUUGCCAGGCUGGUGCGGAAUUUCGAGAUCGGCUUCGAUUAUCCGAUUGAGAACGCAUUCAAGACAGACUUCUUUGUGAAGCCAAACAUACCCUUCAAGUUCAAGCUUGUGGAGCGUUCUGUGUAAUUUCUAUAUAUAAGUCUAUGGUAAUGAAACCUUCAAGAUAUAGCGGAGUAACGCAGCUCCUUCAAAACGA